AUGGCGUCGAACAAUUUUGGAAAGUUCACGGAUCUACCAUUUGAACUUAGAUCCCAAAUCUGGGAAGGCCUUAGGCCAAGCAACGAUCCUAUAAAAUCCGACCUUCGUAUCCUCCGCACUUCCCGCAGCGUAUCAUUAGAAAUACUUCCUCAUCUAUACGAUAAAGAAAUCCUGACUUUUAAGCUACUACCCCUCUACCGCCGGAACUCUUGGAUCAUAGUAAGAAAUCAGCUAGGAGCAACCUGGUUCUUGGAAAGCCUCUCACACGCAGUAUCGCUUGGUUUCGCCGACAUUCCUUACGAAAAAUUGAAGGGCAUUGAAAUCGAAAUUCCAGCACCAGAUGUGACAGAUCCCGGUCAGUUGAUAAACCUCUGGACAAAAGUCCGGGAGUUCCUCCAGCUUCUCCAGGGGAAAGAAAUGCCAGAGGUCAACAUACAUCUCCUCGGCACAGACUCUACUUCAUGGAUGGCACCUGACGGAAAGCCCCAAAUAUCAAUCAGAGAAGAGGGGCCCCUCGGCUGGCUACCAGGGGUUGAUCACGACUAUCAUAUCAUCCUUCUCCCCUUCUGCCGCCUGCGCAACUGCCGGAGCGCGAACAUCUUCGCUCCGAAAGACAUUGAUGUUAGAAGGGACGGGAAAGACCACCGAACCCCAAUUGAAUUCUUUGCUUUUUCCAUGCGUUUGAGAGUUCCUUUCGGCGAAUUCACGGAUGAAGACGGAGACAGCGAUGCAGAUAUGAAGAAGGAGCUCGAGGAGGGGUUUCUCCAAUUAGAUUCUGCACUUGAUGUCAUUCCUGGAAAGACGGCCAGGUGGCUGAGGUUAGAACGAUUUAGUACCUGGUUUGAUGAGAAGGUGUUUGGGGGAAGAAGUAAGUACACCGAUGAGUGGGAGAGUAUCACUAAGGAGGGGCAUUUCUCAGAGGAGAUUAAGCAUUUUAGGUGGAGGUGGAAGUGCAUGGCCGCUUUCAAUCCUUGUUCGGCGAAGAUGAAGGGGCUGAGGGAUUACGACAAGCAGGUUGCAAGAGGUCUUACGAUCAAUAAGUUGUUCCAGAUGUGGUCGGAGGGACGCCGCCUGGUAUCUACACGCUUUGAAUGGUGGUGGUGGACUGACAAGCAUUGGGAGAAUCUUUACCGUGCUCAGUGCGAUCCCGAGAAGUAUAAGAAGCUCGAUCGGGAGGAGAGAAAAAUGGAGAGAGAAGCAGAGAGUGGAUGGUUCCUGGAUCUAAGUAUCCUGAGCAUAACGGAAGGAUACCAGGUUCAGGAAGAGGCGAGUCCGGAGGAUGGUUGGGAUAUAGAAGAAUGGUUCCGUUUUUAUCCGGAGGGGAUACCGCCUUUGGAUGAAGACUUGUUUAUCUUUGAGGCUGAGAUGGGUCAUGUGUGGUCUGAGGAGUCACGAUUUGAGCCGAGGGACAGGUUUCGGAACUGGAACGAUGCCACGUUCUUCUGGGAAUAUAGUUGGAAAUCGAAGAUGUUUCUCAAGACUAGAAACCGAAGGUCCGGCUGUUCGUGUUGUGGUGAGCACUGAGGAUCAUGGACUGUCUCAGACUGGAAAAAGAGUUCCGAAGACGCCUCGGCCUAGAAUGAUGGGUUUGUCUCCUGUAUCCAAAGAAUUAAAAACAAAGUAGAUGAUAACACCGGAC